GCGGUGCGGGUGGGGCCGGUUAAGGUUCCCAGUGCCCGCACCGGCCCAGGAGCCCCGGAUGGCGGCGUCGCUGUCAGUGUCUUCUCUGGAGACCGCCCGUGUGACCGGAUCCUUCGUGUCCCCACAGCACGUUUCUUGGAGCAGGGUAAGUCUGAGUGUCACUUCUUCAACGGGACGGAGCGGGUGCGAUUCCUGGAGAGAUACAUCUAUAACCAGGAGGAGUACGUGCGCUUCGACAGCGGCGUGGGGGAGUACCGGGCGGUGUCGGAGCUGGGGAGGCCUGAUGCCGAGUACUGGAACAGCCAGAAGGACUACCUGGAGCAGAAGAGGGCCCAGGUGGACAAUUACUGCAGACACAACUACGGGGUUGGUGAGAGCUUCACAGUGCAGCGGCGAGUCCAACCUAAGGUGACUGUGUAUCCUGCAAAGACCCAGCCCCUGCAGCACCACAACCUCCUGGUCUGCUCUGUGAAUGGUUUCUAUCCAGGCAGCAUUGAAGUCAGGUGGUUCCGGAACGGCCAGGAAGAGAAGGCUGGGGUGGUGUCCACAGGCCUGAUCCAGAAUGGAGACUGGACCUUCCAGACCCUGGUGAUGCUGGAAACAGUUCCUCAGAGUGGAGAGGUUUACACCUGCCAAGUGGAGCACCCAAGCGUGACCAGCCCUCUCACAGUGGAAUGGAGAGCACAGUCUGAAUCUGCACAGAGCAAGAUGCUGAGUGGAGUCGGGGGCUUUGUGCUGGGCCUGCUCUUCCUUGGGGCCGGGCUGUUCAUCUACUUCAGGAAUCAGAAAGGACACACUGGACUUCAGCCAACAGGACUCCUGAGCUGAAGUGCAGGUGACCACAUUCAAGGAAGAACCUUCUGCCCCAGCUUUGCAGGAUGAAAAGCUUUCCCACCUGGCUGUUAUUCUGCCUCAAGAGAGGGCUUUCUCAGGACCUGGCUGCUACUGGUUCAGCAACUGCAGAAAAUGCCCUCCCCUGUGGCUUCCUCAGCUCCUGCCCUUGGCCUGAAGUCCAGCAAUGAUGGCAGCGCCUCAUCUUCAACUUUUGUGCUCCCUUUACCUAAACCCUAUGGCCUCCUGUGCAUCUGUAUACUCACCCUGUACCACAAACACAUGACAUUAUUAAAUGUUUCUCAAAGAUGAAGUUAAAUAUCAUCUGGUCCAUUUGGCUCCAAAGACAAAAAAUGAAAAGAAAAAGGAUUAUUUCCCAAUAGAAUAAAGAUUUUCAUGUAUAUGUCAUGAGUAUGUGAGGUAAUGCAUAUGUUAAAUAGCAUGAUUUAGACACUCCACACUACAGGCAUAUAUCAAAACCUCACGCUGUACAACAUGAAUAUACUAUACAAUUUUUAUUUGUCAAUUAAAAAAGUAAACCUAAUGAUUAAAAAAGCAAUGCAUAAAAACUGAGAGCAGACUAUAACAACUGAAACAAACUCGGCCAACAUGAGAUGAGAAACCAGCCAGCAAGGCAAUCAGAACUCUUUCUUCACCCCGUCUACAAUAUUUUGCAUUUAUAACUGUAAAUUAGUGUACAGUGUUUCACUCCAGGGACUUCAAUAAUAUAGUGUCAUCAAAGGACUUGUACAGAUUUCAGAGAAAGACAAAUUUAGAAGACGGAGGAUUCUCCAUUAUGUUCCAUCUGAGAGUCAGUAUGAAAUGUCAAAUCUGAAAGUACAUAAUUCAGAGGUCUAUUUCAAAGUAAUAAUCAUUUCAGCAUAAUUUCUCCACUGUCAGAGAUGACUGUUAUUUUAUUUUCAAUCAAAUUAAAAGUUGUUUCUAUGC